GUCCAGAUCUUGGGCUAAAAGAAUGUCUUUCUAAUGGGGGAAUUCCCUCAAGACAAUUGGAAGUUAGUAAAGGUGAGAAAAAUCACAUGAUUUACUGGAAUGUGGAUUGUCAACUUUGCCUUUCUCUAACUUGUAACCACUUCCUUUCUUUAGGAUUCAAUUUUCUCAUUUUUAAGAUGAAGUUAAGAGCCCCACCCUUCCUUCCUUCCACCUAUCUUUAAGUUUCAGAGAUUCAAGCAUCUACUCUUGAAAAAGCUGCUCCUAUAAUAUUGAUUAUCUUAAUGGUUUUCUGUGCUAUUUCUUUCUCACUGUCAUGUGCUAAAGCUGAUGAUUUAGAAGCAAACAAACAGAACAAUUGACCACCUGUGUAUGCAGCCCAGCAUUGUGACCUCUCAAUAAUGACUGACAGUAUCCCACCCUUCCUCUAAAAACCUCUUUAUGAAAAAACAGUUGUCCCAGCAAUGGAGGAGGUUUGGGGGAGGGGAGGAGAGAGACUAUUUUGUUUCUAUAGUAACAGUAGGCACCAAUGAGGAGACCUAUUAUAGAGAAGACCUGUUUCCAAGCCUCUGAAGACUCCACAGUAGCACUUUCAGAUGUAACUUUUCAGUGGAGGUAAACAGAGAGAAAAUCCCCUGAAAGAAAUCCAGAAAAAAGUCUUGCUGUCUUCAUAGCCUUGGAACUAACUCCUACAGCUUCAAAUUCUCUGCCAUGUCUGACUCCUCUUUGAUAUACUGCAGCUGCUGGGACACUCGGAACUUGGGGCCCAAGAAACUCCUCAGGGCUUCCUUACUCUCUCCCUCAGGAAGGCAACCCAAAUUAAGUCCUAUAUCAACUGCCUUGAAGGAGCGAAAUUACUUCCUACCACCACAAAUUAAACCCCUCAGUGGCCCAAGAAAACAGGUACAAUCCAAAGAGCAUGCACCACAAAAAGAAAAGAAAACCCAUGAAGACACAAAAAAGAUCUCUCCUGGAUUUACCUACUCUCGAAGUGAUGAAGAAAUUUCAGUUAUAUUGGGCGAUGAGUUGUUUGAAAGGCCAAAAAAGCCUAAAGAAGAUCGUAUGCUCAGACUUUUACUGCCCAGGACAGAUGUCAUUCUUGACUUAGAAAAUCAGAUUGCAGAGCUAACCACAAUGAUAGAACAAAUGAGCAGGGAUCAUCAAACUUCUCAGAAAUUGCUUACAGAAGAAAUGGAAAACCGGUACAAUGAUCUCCAAAAAGAAUUUGAAAAUAGCAAGAGAGAACUCAAGGAGACUCAUCUUGUAGCAAUGACUGCUUUGGAGGAAAGGUAUAAAGCAGCCCUGAAGAUGGAGAAGAACUCUGCACAAGGAAAGCUAGAGAGUAUGGUGAAGGAGUACAAGUAUUUGAAGAAUAUGUUCCGAAUGUACCAGGAUAGUAUCUCAGAUGAAAUGGAGGAGAAGUGGUCAAGGCGGAAGAUAGAAUGGGAGAAGAGUGAGAAAAUGGAGCGAGAAAAAAUCCUCUUACAGCAAAAAUAUAGAUUAACAAGGAAGUUUGAGGUGGAUGUAGAGGAAGAAAAGAGAAAAAUAGAGGAACUCCAUAUCCAAGAAUGUGAAAGGUUCAAUAAGGAAAGAGAGGCGUUCGUAAAACAACAUGAAGUUGAUGUAUUGAAUUUAGAACAGCUGCAGAAAUCUAAAGAGGUCAUAGAGGAAGAAUUGCAGGCACAGUCUCUUGUUUUAGAAUCACUAAACACAUCACUGUACCAAAGUCAAGUGGAACUACAGAAAGAGAAAAACCAUGCAAUUAACCUGGAGCAGAUCCUUCAGCAAAAGCUUGUUGAAGUUGAGGAAAAGUACAAAUAUAUGGUACAGAACCUGACAGAUGAAAAUUUAGAACUGAGGAAUUUGUUGAUCUUAAGGAAUGAAGAGCUUUUCCAAGAAAGGAGCAAGAGAGAAAUCCGGCAAGAUUCUUUUGUCUAUCGAGACUUACUUACUGACAGUGAAAAUUUGGAUCCAGAACAAGAAAGUUGAAAAUUUCCCAAUGCCUGGAGAAUUCAUGUGAAGUUCCCCUCAGGAUUGCCUGAGAUUUGUUCAAGUCUAUGGAGUACCAUAUUUUUGUUUUAGUUUUCACAACUUCACUUUGUUCAGAGUUGUUGGAAACAUAAAUAUUAUUGAGCCAAGAUUUUCUUUCCCCAUCCAA